UGACGCCCUCAUCACUAACAAGCUCGUACACGUGCAGUGUCGACUGCUGCAGUUUUUCGUCUGCAGACCGAUUUUUGUCUUUUUUCCUCCGAUUUUGAGCAAAGAAUAGUGAGCAACCAUGGGUCGGAAGAGGCCUGAUCCUUCCGAGGCGCAGAAGAAAGGUCCCGGGCGGAAGGCAAGGAAGCAGAAACCGCCACAGAUGCCACGACAGCUUCUGCAGAAGGAUGAUGGAUCCCAAAAGAUACUGUCGAGCCGACAAAAGCAAAGAUUGGCCAAAAGGACGCAGAAAGCUGUCAACAAGGCGGCUGCAAAGGGACCUCAGAAGAAGGUACCAGUAACACAGGGACUCUCACAAGGACAGAAGAGGUCUCGUACUGGGUCUGUCAGUGACAGUGAUGAUGGAGGCUUCAGUGAGGAGGAGGAGGAAGAAAGUGUUGAAGAAGAAGUAGAGGAAGAUGAAGACGUAGAAGAAGAACAAGGAGAAGGGGAAGAAGAAGAAGAGGAGGAAGAAGAUGAUGAUGAUGAUGAUGACAUGGAAGAUGAAGAUCCUGCCUCAGGCUUCACUGAUGAGAACAAGUCAUGGCUUCGUCUUGCAGGGAAGAAGGAGAAACUGGACUUGGAUGGUGAAAGUUCAGAUGAUGACCUGCCAGCCGAUGAUUUUCUUGAUGAUGAUGACUCUGAUGAAGGAUCAGAGGGAGAUGAAGAUGAUGACUCUGAUGAUAGUGAUGAUGAUGAUGAUGCAGAGGAGCAGGAGGGAGAUGAAGCCUUACUGCCUAUAGAAAAGGCCUCCAAGAAACUGAAAAAGAGGCAACAGAGAGAAGAGAAACUAGGAGAGGAGGAACUUCGCACCAACAUCGCAGAAGCCGAAACUUUCGUUCUGCCCAGUGGCCAAGAGAUCGAGAAAGAAAGCGUGCAGCCGCCAGACCUCACCAUGAUCCACAUGCGCAUCAAGGAAAACAUGGCAGUACUGAAUGACUUCAACAAGAAACGGAAAGAUGACAGACCCCGUAAGGAGUAUGUGCAGCUGCUACAGAAGGACCUGUGUCUGUACUACAGCUACAACGACUACCUGAUGGAGAAAAUCAUGCAGCUGUUUCCACUGGCAGAGGUGAUAGAGUUCCUGGAGGCGUGUGAGGUGGACCGUCCGGUCACCAUCAGGACUAACACACUGAAGACCAGGAGAAGAGACCUGGCACAGGCCCUCAUCAACAGGGGGGUCAACCUGGACCCUGUGGGCAAGUGGUCAAAAGUAGGACUGGUGGUGUAUGACUCCGCCGUACCCAUCGGUGCGACCCCUGAGUACCUGGCCGGCCACUACAUCCUGCAGGGAGCUGCCAGCUUCCUGCCUGUGAUGGCGCUGGCACCUCAGGAGAAGGAGAAAGUUCUGGACAUGUGUUCUGCACCAGGAGGGAAGACAACAUAUAUCGCUCAGUUGAUGAAGAACACAGGGAUGCUGUUUGCUAACGAUGUGAACAAAGACAGAGUGAAGGCUGUCGUGGGGAACCUCCACCGUCUGGGGGUCACCAACACUGUACUCUGCUGCCAUGAUGGGAGACAUUUCCCCAAGGUGAUUGGUGGGUUUGAUCGUGUGCUGUUGGACGCACCUUGUACAGGAACAGGAGUCAUCUCUAAAGACCCUUCCAUCAAAACCAACAAGGACGAUGCAGACAUCAAGCGCCAUGCCCACCUCCAGAAGGAACUCAUCCUGGCAGCCAUCGACUCUUGUGAUGCAAAAUCUCCCUCUGGUGGCUACAUCGUGUACUGCACCUGCUCUGUCAUGAUUGAGGAGAAUGAGUGGGUGAUAGACUAUGCUCUGAAGAAGAGGAACGUAAAACUGGUGCCGACUGGAUUAGACUUCGGAAAGGAGGGAUUUACAAAGUUCCGUGAGUUUAGGCUGCACCAGACGAUGAAGCUGACACGAAGGUUCUACCCUCACACUCACAACAUGGAGGGAUUCUUUGUCGCCAAGUUGAAGAAAUUCUCUAACGCCAUCCCUGGGCAAGAACCACAGGCAAAGGAAGGAGAAGAAAACACUGAGGCGUCUGAAACACCAACUGAGCAAUCUACCGAAACUCCUGCGUCAUCAUCUUCUCCUCAGAAGAGUCCCACACAGCCGACCUCCCCGUCUGCCAAAUCCAAGAAGAAACGCCUCUUCUGGAAGAACAAGAAGUCUGGAAAGUCUCCAAAGGCCAAGACGUUCAAGGGGCAGCAGAAAACCAGCGCAGGAAAGAGAAGAAAAAACAAACAGAACCCAGGAAACAAGAAGAAACAGAAGAAGGAGUGAAGAAACCAUUUGAAGGUGUAAUUUUGUAUGAACAUGUAACAUAUACAGAGUAUCAUCUCACGGAGCCUAGCAGAAGUAACUCAAAUUGCAAAAUGUGAUACAGUGUAAGUAAUUUUGAUAAAUGUUGUGUUGUUUUGUAUAUUACACUAAGAACAAUCUAGAAAGCAUAUCCAAUGUGGAGUGUUAAAAGUACACAUGGACACAUUUUUGAGAGGCAAAUUACUAUCCCACUUCCACUACCUGAACUUGCUACUGGAUUUUAGAUAAAAAUCUAAGGCACGAUCUAGACACAGUUUUUCCCGAUAUCUGCGAGCCGACAACCUCUCGCUGACAGCUUUUUUUCAGUGUCUAGAUGGAACUGCAAUAUCGCCAUAAAGAUAUCGGCAGAAUUUCUCCUGAAAGGUCCGGAGCAUUU